UUAGCCUCACAACAAGAAAUACAGUAAGAUUUUUGGAGUUCUGGUCCUAAUCAUCAUAGUUUUGAUGUCUGUUUUGCAGAUGCAUCGAGAGUGAACAAUGAAGACUGGUUUGCCUUUGUGAAUUAUUAUUAAAAUGGUCUCUUACUCUUAUUCAAACUGCCAUAUCGAAAACAUACUAAAACUGUCAAGAUACACUCUGCAAUAAGAUUGUCCACUAAAGCAAUAGCCAAAGUAAAUGAAAUGUUGACAACUAAGAUCAAGUCACAGUGAAGUUGUAAAGGGGUUGGGUUUCAUCCUGCCCUUUCAUUCUUCUCCUACAACAGCUCAUCCUCCAUGCAGACACAAAGUUAUGAGGCACAAGAAGCUGCUCCACAUGCCGCACAGCUCACCAUUGCUUUGAAGCGCAGUUAUUCCAAGAGUUUCCUGUAACAAGGUCAAACUCUAAUGUGAACCAGAAGCUGCUAUUUCUCUCUCUACCUCCUUACUUUGUAGGUUAGUGGAGAGUGUGAAGUCUCGAUAUGUCUCGUCUGUGGAUCUUCCUGCUUCUGUUGGCACACUGGAUCAACAGCCCGGUGCUUUCUGCAAAAGGAGGCAAGAAAAAACACCAAGUGAAGAAUCAAAGUGGCCCUGCAACUCCCAAAGAGGACGUUGGGUCAGAUGGAGCUCCCGAGAGUCCAUCGGAGUCUGACUUCUUGGCUGAUUUUGCCGGGAAACACCGCCUGUGGGUGAUCACCGCACCAUUGCACAGUGACAACUAUCUGCGUAUGAUGGAGAAGCAGAUCCAGGAGUCUGAAGGACUGAACUGUCGCUUGGCAGAGAGAGACACGCUCAUCGUCACUAUUAUUCAGAACGCCAUGAUGGAAGGCAAAAUCCAACGUACGACCUUGCAAGGAGAAGCCACUGUGGAGGUUAUGGACUCUGAAAUGGUAAGUAAACUUCUCCAUUACCUUGAGCUGGAGGACCAUACCUUCUCCAUGCUGAUUCUGAAGAAGAACAUGAGGGUUAGUGAGAGAUUUCCUUACCCGGUUCGCGUUGAGGCCAUUCUUGAGGUCAUCGACCAGCUGCCUGUGCGAAAGUUGGAGAAGGUCGCAAGAAAGGGGUUACCAGUGAAAUGCAAGAUCACAAAGAAGAGGUUAGUGGUGAAGAAACAGGGUUCUGGCAAGCGUAGGACCUUCAGUCCACAGAAGCAUGCGAAUACCACGUCCAUCUUCCUGACACAGAAGACACGUCUUGACAAAAAGGCAACUUUGAGAAACAAAGUACAAGAUAUUUUGAGUGGGCGUUCACGAUUCGUCAUCCGUAAAACGACAGGCAGCUCAGGCAACAGCAAACCAUCAGCUAAAGCAGGUUCAAAAUCCGAAUCUAGUGGAAAUGAGAGGCUGAAGCACGAUGACCAGAAGAAAACUCCAGAUAGUGACAGACACCCAGAGUCAGAAACAGAAGUGAAAAAAGCUUCGGAAGCAGAUAAAACACAUGUUGGGGCAAAAUUACAUUUUGACACCCUCAACGAGGGGUUCAAAGGAGAGCAAACCGUUGACCAUUCAAGCUCCAAAAAGAAAGGCAAAGGAAAGGAUGGCAAGAAGAAAAAGGGGAAAGGAGGGAGGAGGAAGUCACAACGAGAAGCAGAUGAUAAGGAAAAGGCAGCUCUUAAAGAAUUCAUGCAAAACCUCAAAGGGAGAAGAAGACUUCUUGUGAUUUCAUCCCCAAGUGAUGUCUCAAGUCAGUAUAUCAAACAGAGAGAUGAUAAUGAGCUACGUAGCUGCGAGUUUUCCCAAAGAAAGGUCUCAGUGCUGUCCAUCAUGGGUUCAGAACGUAAUCCUACACUACACAUUCAACACUACCAACAAGAUUCCGAGUCUCCACAAGCAUCCCUGCCAGAAAAGUUCAGAAACCCUGAGUUAAUCAGCGAGAUCCGCAGAGAAUAUGGGCUUCUCAAAAACUUCUCAAUGGUGUUGACUGACUAUGACCUGAGGCCUAACCUUAACAGGGUUUUCAACAAGCCAACGGCUCCUUCCGAUUUACUGGAUUACAUUGACAACUUUCCAUCACGUCGGUCUGAGAAGGAAGAGGAGAGAAAACUUCCGUCACCCUGCUCUAAAGCAGAAAUGAACAAUCAAGAGGAGAACUCGCUUCUGAGGUUUAUGUCCAAACGAAGACUUCUAAUCAUCUCAGCACCUACUGUAGAUGACUACUCAUUCCAUCAGCAGCUUCAGGCGCUUAAUGGACAGGAGUGUCCACUGGGUAUUCGUCAUUUUGCCUUGUUGAAGAUUGUGGGUACUGGAUCGACAGCUUCAGGAACAGUGGAGUUUUUUCCAUUGAAUGGGAAAAGUCAACCCGAGAAGGAGACACUUUCACAGGAUGUGGUGGAGAGUCUCAGAAAUCAGCUGAAGAUAAACCGUGACUACUUCAGCAUGCUGGUGGUGGGUAAGGAUGGAGAUGUAAAGGCCUGGUUCCCAUCUCCAAUGUGGUCCCUGGGAAGCAUCUAUGACCUUGUGGACUCUAUGGAAUUGCGACAACAGGAACAGAAACUGCAACAAACUCUUGGAAUUCACUGUCCAGAUGAGAAUACUGCUACUUACCAUAGUUACACAGAAGAGACGGAGGACAGCUACUUGUACCACAGAUCUGAGGACUAAAAGUCAUCACAACAAAGACAUUAGACAUGCAUAUUGUGUACAUGGCAUGCAUUUGUCAACCCCAUAUCAUGUGAUGCAAAACUUUACCUCUAGGACAGCUAUCUUACCUGUUGUUUGCUGUGUCCUGUAAAAUUUCACUUCCCUGCACUUGGUUGCACAUGCUACGAUGCUUAAUUAUAGCUAAAAGACAUUGCGUGCAAUUCCUGUUUUUAAAAGCUGUUGACAUUAAAGGCUAGAUU